UUUCGAAUUGUAAACACUUAAGUCCCCACCAUUUAAUUAACGUUACCGUUUAUAAAUUCCGUGUUGGCUACUCUCCACAACUAGUAAUACUAUUUCGGUAAAAUGGAACGUUGGGUGGGAAAAGUCGCUAUCGUAACUGGCGCCAGUGCUGGAAUAGGAGCUGCAGUAGUCGAAGCACUUGCUAAACAAGGUUUAAUUGUUGCCGGAUUCGCUAGAAGAAAAGAAAGAGUCGAAGAACUUGCAAAGAAACUGCAAGGAGCCAAGGGCAAACUUUACGCGGUGAAAGUUGACGUGUCAAAAGAGAAAGAGGUAAUCGAAGGAUUCAACUGGGUAAAAAAGAAUCUAGGACCCGUGCACAUCCUUAUUAAUAACGCCGGUAUCAUAAGAAAUAACACCCUGAUUGAUGGAAACUCUCAGCAAUGGGAAGAAGUUUUAGUCACAAACGUUUUCGGUUUAUGCGUGGUGACUAGAGAAGCUAUCAAAAGCAUGAAAGAAAAUAACGUCGAUGGUCAUAUAAUCCACAUUAACAGUCGCUCGGGUCAUCGCGUUCCCAACAUCCCAAAUAUCAACGUAUACCCUGCCAGCAAACAUGCGGUUACGGCUUUAGCCGAAACGUUGAGGCACGAAAUCACGCGAAAUAAUCUGAAGAUUAAAAUAACGAGCAUAAGUCCUGGAUAUACAGAAACAGAAAUAAUCGAAGCUGCCGGUCUUCCCAAGAAUAAUUACAAGGACAUUCCCGCGAUUAAAGCUGAAGAUGUUGCCGAAGGCGUUUUGUACGCUUUGGGAACCCCUCCUCAUGUGCAGGUUGGCGAGGUUACUUUGUUUGCUGUGGGUGACAAGUCUUAAGUUUAUUAAUUUUUUUUUGUAAUUAAUUGUUUGUUGAAUAAAUAAAUUGCACACUAAAAUUA